GAGGGGGGGGGGCGGGCAGAGAGGUGCGUCAUCAGCGCUCGCCGCAGAGGAGUCCGGGUGACGUCAGUGUGGAAGUGGAAUGCGGCGAUCAUAAGGAAUUGUGUGAGGUCAGUAGUGAGGAUCAGACGUAAGGUCAGUGAGUCAUGGCUGCUUUCAGACAGGAGGAUGUGGAGAAGUUCUACGAGAUGGGGGAGGAGCUGGGCAGCGGGCAGUUUGCUAUCGUGCGUAAGUGCCGUGAGAAGAGCACAGGCGUGGAGUACGCCGCCAAGUUCAUCAAGAAGCGGCGUUUAUCAUCGAGCAGACGAGGAGUGAGCCGUGAGGAGAUCGAGCGUGAGGUGAAUAUCCUGCGGGAGAUCCAGCACAGCAACAUAAUCACACUGCACGACAUCUUCGAGAACAAGACAGACGUCAUCCUCAUCCUCGAGCUGGUGUCUGGCGGAGAGCUCUUCGACUUCCUGGCUGAGAAAGAGUCUCUGAGUGAGGAGGAGGCCACACAGUUCCUCAAGCAGAUCCUGGAUGGGGUGCACUACCUGCACUCCAAACACAUCGCCCACUUCGACCUCAAGCCGGAGAACAUCAUGCUGCUGGAUAAAAACGUUCCCAAUCCCAGAAUCAAGCUGAUUGACUUCGGCAUUGCACACCAGAUAAAAGAAGGAAAUGAGUUCAAAAAUAUCUUUGGAACACCAGAGUUUGUUGCUCCAGAGAUUGUGAAUUAUGAACCUCUCGGCCUGGAGGCAGACAUGUGGAGCAUCGGUGUUAUCACAUAUAUUUUGUUGAGUGGAGCUUCUCCUUUUCUUGGCGAGACCAAACAGGAAACACUGACCAACAUCUCAGCUGUGAAUUAUGACUUUGAUGAGGAGUAUUUCAGCAACACCAGUGAACUCGCUAAAGACUUCAUACGAAGACUUCUGGUUAAAGAUCCAAAGAAGAGGAUGACGAUUCAGGACAGUCUGGAACAUCCAUGGAUCAAGGUGAUAAAGCGGCGUAAUGUGCGUCAGGAGGAUAACGGUGGACGUCGUGGUGAGCGGCGGCGUCUGAAGACGACUCGUCUGAAAGAGUACACCAUCAAGUCCCAUUCCAGCAUGCCUCCCAACAACACCUACGUCAACUUCGAGCGUUUCUCCCGUGUGCUGGAGGAGAUCACCGCCACCGAGGACGCUCUGCACCAGCUCGAGCGGAACCGCCGCGCCUGCCGUGAUGACGUCACCGCCCUACUGUCCAUCUUUGAGGAGAAAGAAAGCUGGUACAAGGAGGAGAACGAGAGCAUUGGCACUGAGCUGACCCGCAUCCGGUCAGAGCUGCAGCGCACUCAGAGCCAGCGCCGCCACAACCAGGAGGAAGCGCGCAAUACCACGCUCGCCGCUAACGCCCUCAAACGCAAGUUUACACGCCUCGAGGGGAAGUACGACGUGCUGGCUGAGCAAGUGGCCUCCGAAGUGCGCUGGGUCGAGGAGUUGGUACGCUCCAUCGCCAUCAACAAUGGUGAAGUGCACAGCACCGGCCUGGCAUGAAUGGGAUCAAAAGUCCGAGUCCCCUGUCGUUAGAUGUACUGGGCUGCGUCCCAAAUCUCACACUACUGUACUAGAUGAUAGCAGCUCAGACUAAUGCAUCAUGAAAGAUAGUGUGCGGUUUGGGACACACCCAGUGCUAAAUGCUUGGUAGAAAAUUGGCUAAAUGUGCUGAUAUGAAAGGUUGAUAUAUAGUACAUUUUAAACAAUUUAUCAUGGUUUACGAUAUAUUGCAAUAUUGUAACAUCUAGGGAAAAAAAAACUCACUCUUGUCUGAUAAACAGAAUUAUGGGAUUGACUUCAAUCAUGACGGAUAUUUUGAGAUGUUUACAGUAACAUGAUAUGAUACUGGCUGCUGAAUGUUACAUUAUACAUGCACAUUCUAUAAUAUUACUAUAUUUUAUAUAUAUCAUCAGCAUGUCAGUAUCAGGUGUGAAGAAGUGCAGGCUCUAUUGUUUAUUUCUCUUUUUUGUGUCUCUGAAUCUAAAUUGUCAGGUGUACAGAGUGUUAUGAGGUGUCCUAAAGAUGUGUUAGUGCUGUGUAAUGUUUAUAACCUCAGUGAAAUUUUCACUGUGUGCUCAGCCGCAGGUUGAAAAAUCUCGUAAUACAACUAAGAUAAUAAACAAAUCUCAUGUAGAGUUAGAAAUCUGCGCCUUGACUGCACAUUAUAGCAUGAGUGUGUUAGCAUGUUCUGUAGGGUUUGUUUCUAGAAGUGAGCAGAAUUCCAGACUGCGAGUGUAAAACUGUGCUUUCUGCAUGCUGGAUUGAUUCAUAUAAGGUGCUAAAAUGGUGCUAGUAAAUUAAUCUGAAGAAUGUGGACUCAGAGUUUUGGGCAGUGUGUGUGUUUUAGCGCUGGAGUGCAUCGAUUUAAAAACACACCAGAUAUAACCUCUUAACCACAGAUUAUUUAUUUUUGUUCGCUUUACAUCUCAGUGGAUUUGGAGUUUUAUGCUUUGCUUUGAGAUGAAGCACCAUGUUGCCUAUGCAAUACUUAAUUUUAAUUUUUUAAUAUUUUAAACUUAACCUUGACGUUCUUAACAUAGGGUAUUUUCCAGUGCUUUGCUGUACAUCAUUGUAUCUUAAAGUCUGGAAAAUACAGUAAAUGUACAUGUAACGACUCUAUAGUGUAAGAGUCUAUUUUCCUAUUCAUAGCACUGUCUUGUCAUUCCAGUUUUGCAUGACAUUCCAUAUAGCAGCCGACACUGUACGUUAAAAUGCUGUUUAAAAGUUUAAAAGUUAUUUUUUUUUGCGAUCUGUACACUACUUUUUGUUCUGUUAUUUUCAGUCAACAUUAAAAAUAAACCAAGUAAACACUU